GCCACAGUCUGGGCAUUGGCACAGGCCAAGAAGCAUGGAGUGGAAGAAAUGCUCGAUGAAGCGGGCGCCCUGGAUGCCGCGGCGACGGCGUGUGUGGGCCUCGCGAGAGCGGGGCGCUUCACAGCAGGCCAAAGCUGCAGUGCCCUGGCAGCCUUGGCACGCUUGGCAGGGACCUCAGGCUUGGCGUCCGCGUCCGCGACCGCGACUUCACGCCCGGCUCCUUGGUCGAGGCGUUGGCGGCCAUGGCGACGGUGAAUGCUCAGAACGAGGACGUGGCCAACCUGGCCAGUGCCACCUUUGUCACUGGUCCCAGGGCAGGCGAACAUUGCCGUGCCUUGACCACGACCCAGGUGUCCCGACUGGCGCUGGCAUCUGGCCGCUGUGCCCUGCGCUCGGUGACCUGGGCGAGUUUGCAUGAAGCGGCCAGGAGGAUGAGCGACCUGCGGGGGGCACUUCAACCCUUCGAGCUGGCACAUUUGACCUUCGGGGCGCCUCGGCAACUCGGCCAGGCCACAUCGGAGUACUGCGCUGGUGCUCAACGCUGCAUUCCAGCAGCCCUGGCAGGCGGGUUCUUCAACCUCUGCUGGAAGUUCUUUUUUGCGUUUCCAGGUCCACCUCGCACAGCUCACGGCUUAUUGCCUGGGUGACCAGUCCGAUCCGCCUUUGUUCAGUUGUGAGGACUCAGUUCAAUGGCAGAGCCAGAAUGAGGAGUUCCACACAGGUACGAGGUAGGAGCAGCGGCCGCAGCUGUGAAAGGAAGUGAUGUGUCCAUCCGCUACGAGGUGUGGCGGGGCCUAAGCAUCGACAUGGUGCUGGAGCCGAGGAGAAGUGCAAGCUCAGCGCAGAGUGAGCGCGCGGAAA